AAUUUAAUUCUAAUAAUGAGUGCAUGUAGUGUGGAUGUAAUAAAAUUGAUCGGCAAGUACUUAAAUACGCCAGUGGGAACUGUUUGUUACAAUACCGACAAGGUGUUAACAACGGUUUUUGACAAGAAAAAUGUAGAAGGUUUUGCUAGUAUUGUAUUGCGUUUGGGGCAAAAUAGCGGUGCUGACCUGAGUAAAGAGCAGCUACUUCUUGGUUACCAAUGGUUGGAACACAUCGCUAUGUUCGCUAACCAGGCCGCAAGUAACACUGUUUUUGCUAGAAGUUUCUUAGAACCUAUAAAUAAUGCUCUUGAAGAGAAUAGCUACUUAACAGGACAAUUUUUGACAGUGGUAGAUGUAGCUGCUUACUACGUACUUUAUCUAUUAUUGGAACGUUUAUCAGUCACAGAAAAGGAAACUCUAUUACACCUGUGCAGGUGGUCAAAACACAUUCAAGCCCAGCCUAAAGUGUGUGCUAGCAAACCUCCACUUCCCAUGAACACUCUCCAUCUUUCAGUUUUGGCUCCUGCUGCACAUUGAGUAUUAUUAUUAAAGAACCAAGAUCAGAAUUAACGUUUCUUGUCGUACGGCGUAACAGUAUCUAAAUGAAAUAUUUAUUUUUACGUGAAAUAUUUGUAAAUAUUUAUUUAUGAUUGGAUGGUUACUUAAAUAUUUAGACAGCUAAAAGGGAUUUGUGUACUCGUACUAUGUCAAACAAACAUAGACUAAAUUAUAUUACAAUCGCCAAUUCAAAUAUUGAAUAAGGUAUAUAAAAACGGGGUCCAGUAAUAAUUUUGUUGUAGAAUAAUUUAGACAAGAAUAUAGUGUAUUGAAAGUACCAACUUAACAGUUUACAAAGGUACAUAAACUUGGCUCUAUUGACCGUUUUGUUGUACAACAGUUUAUUUUUAACAUAGAGGCUUACCUUAGUGAUAAUAAAUUGAGAAAACAAAAUUAUAUUAACAGUUUUUAUGAUAGAUCAAUAAAUACAUGGUUAAUAAUUUGUUAUGUCUGCAAAGGUGAAAAAUUUACUGGGUAGAAUCGAGAUGUAAUUUAGCAGCAGUAGAGAUCCAUGUGAAA